GAUACGGACGGCCACCGCGAGGGUCAGUGCAGCCAGAAAAACAAAAAUAUUCUGCGUAUGUUGAAGUCGCUUCGUAGUGGCGUCGUCAGGUAAAACAGCUCAAACUUUCGGGCCUGUACACUGAGCACCAUGUUCACAGAGGUGCUGGUUGCUCUGGUGAUUGGAGGACUCAUCUUCUUCGUGGUUCAGAGGAGCAGGACCCAGGUUCUGAAGACAGAGGACGGCUGGUGGGGAGUCGGAGCACCACCUGAUGGCGGGGAGGACGCCACCAUUCGCCCCUUUAAAAUCACCACCAGUGAAGAAGAGCUGGAGGACCUAUACAGGAGGAUAGACCUGACUCGUCCUGUUCCCUCACUAGAGGACAGCCAGUUUAACUACGGCUUCAACUCCCAGUACCUGCAGAGGGUUGUCUCUUACUGGAGAAAUGACUUUGACUGGAGGAGACAAGUCGACAAACUCAACCAGUACCCCCACUUCAAAACCAACAUUGAAGGCAUCAAUGUCCACUACCUGCAUGUGAAGCCCAAAAAGGUGCCGGAGGGAUCUAAUGCCAUUCCUCUGAUAAUGGUUCACGGCUGGCCUGGCUCUUUCUAUGAGUUCUAUGGACUGAUCCCUCUGCUAACAGAACCAGCACACCCACAAGACCUUGUGUUUGAGGUGGUGUGUCCCUCCAUACCGGGGUACGGGUUUUCAGAAGCACCAUGUAAAAAAGGUUUUGAUUCAGUUUGUGCAGCACGCAUCUUCCACAAACUGAUGAAGCGUUUGGGCUUCCAGCAGUUCUACGCUCAUGGAGGAGACUGGGGCUGGCUGGUCACUACCAACAUGGCUCAGCUGGAGCCCAAGACAAUCAAAGGCCUGCACGUGAACUUUGCGCCACCCUCCAAGCCGGGGCUGACCAUGGCUUUAUCUAUCAUGCUUGGCCGUCGCUUCCCUAAGCUGUUUGGCUUCACUGACAUGGAUAUUCAGGGUCUCUACCCCUGCAUGGAGAAACAGGUGGUGGAGCCCAUCAAAGAGACUGGCUAUAUGCACAUCCAGGCCACCAAGCCUGACACCGUGGGUCGGGGACUGAAUGACUCCCCAGUGGGUCUGGCUGCCUACAUUCUGGAGAAGUUCUCCACAUGGACAAGCCGCGACUUUAGGAACCUGGAGGACGGAGGACUCACCAGGAAGUUCUCUCUGGAUGACCUGCUGACUAAUGUGAUGAUCUACUGGACAUCGGGCUGCAUUAUCUCCUCUAUGAGGUUCUACAAGGAAAACUUCGGCAAAGGCCUCGACCAGCCUCACUCUAAGAUACCUGUGUACGUCCCCACUGGGUUUGCGUGCUUCCCCAACGAGCUGAUGCACACUCCCAAACUAUGGGUCGAACAGAAAUACCGUAAACUCCUGACCUUCACACCCAUGGCCCGCGGCGGCCAUUUUGCUGCAAUGGAGGAGCCCCAGCUGAUGGCCGAAGACAUCCAGAACUUCACUAAGACAGUGGAGCAGAAAAACAAAUAGUAGGUGGUGGACUGAUGACAGAGUGAACUAACUAAAAGUGUAGAAUGAAGGUGUUGAUAUGCAGAUGGAUUAAAUAAGCAGAGAAACCGAGUAAACAUGUUUUUACAUAAAAGACACGUUUACAGCCUGUCAGUACCAGAAACCAGCAUUCAUUCAUUCCUUAAACUUUCCCCCAGCCUUGUAGCAUUUAACAGUUUACUAAGCAGCUGCAGAUGGGAGAUCAGGGGGCGCUUGUUGUUAUUGUGUUGACAGGCUGGACAAGGUGCCAGACAUUCCUCUGACUGAUAAUACUAACCCUCUAACAUGAAGCUACAUUAUGGCCUUAAACCUCUGCAUUAUGUUUGAUUUCACUGGUUUUUUUCCUAUUAAACUUAUUCAAAACUUGUUUUUGUAGUUUAAACCUUUUUAAAACCUGAGCAAUGUGGCUUGAUUUCUUUCAAAAACAUCGGAAA